ACUCUAUCUCAUCAUCUCUUUCCUCUUACUCUUCCUCACCAACUCACCUCCUACACUCACCAUGCCCGCUUCCAAGUCGUCCAACGAGGGCACCGAGCGCCAGCCCCUCCUCUCCGGCGGCAACAACAACAACGCCAGCGGCGGUUGCUGCGGAGGCAACGCGUCGGGCAAGUGCUGCGGUGGUGCCAACCGCGCGACGGGCAGCUCGAGCAGCCUCACGCCCGCGUCAGGCGCCGCCGUCCCCCUCAAGCGCGGAAACAAGGCGUCCGCCGAGCCCGUGUGGGGCAUUGAGCGCACCGCCAGCCGCACGUCGCUCAACUCGCAGCGCGAGUCGCGCCGCACCCAGGUCGAGGACCUUCUUGCUGGCGACCAGCCCCUCGGAACAAAGUGCGGUGUCGCCCACGGUGCCGGCCAGUGCUGCAAGGAGCUCAAGGGCGACGACGAGCGUCACCUCAUUCCCCCCGAGAUUGUGCGAGACAUCGUUAUCGGCCUCUCGGACGGCCUUACCGUUCCUUUUGCCCUUACGGCCGGCCUGUCGUCGCUCGGCUCGUCGCGUCUCGUCGUGACCGGUGGCCUUGCUGAACUGUGUGCCGGUGCCAUCUCGAUGGGUCUUGGAGGCUUCCUCGCCUCGCAGGCCGAGCUCGACCACUUCCACUACCUCCGCCGCCAGACGCACGCUCGUGUCCUCCGCUCGUGUGACGGCGAGAUGGAGCGUGAGGUCCACGCCAUCCUCGGUCCCCUCGGUGUCAAGGAGGCGCUCUCGCGUCUCGUCGCCGACGACCUCCGCGAGGUCGAGGACGACGUCUGCGAGGACCAGGGCAUCUACACUGCCGCCGACAUUGAGGCCGCCGCCGACAAGCCAGAGAGCGACCCCAACGUCGGUCUCACUGCCUUCCUCCUCAAGUUUGGCGAGGGCAUGGAGGAGGUCCCCCGCUCGCGUCUCUGGAUUUCGGCCCUCACCAUUGGUCUCUCGUACUUUAUCGGCGGUCUCAUUCCCCUCCUCCCCUACGUCUUCACCGACUCGGCCGAGCUCGGCCUCAUCUGGUCGGCCAUUGUCACCGGCAUCAUCCUUCUGAUCUUCGGCACCUUCAAGACCUACUUCACGGGCGCUACUGGCGGCGUUGGCGGUUACGUCUGGGGUGCGAUCAGCAUGCUGUUUGUCGGUGGCCUGGCUGCUGGCUGUGCGUUUGCUCUGGUCAAGAUCCUCGGCGUCGAGGAGUAACCGUGUGCGCGGACUCAUCGCGUCACACAAACCUCCCGCCCCCACCACACAACACAACACGCUGUAUACGUAUACCCAUCCUUGGCCGGCCGCGAUGGGCCUUCCACGCGAGCUCCUUCCGCCCUGUCUGUAUUUCCUCAACCCGAAUGUACUUCCGUUUCUUGA